AUGUGGACACUUGCAGCCCUCCUGCUCCUGGUUCCAUGCAGUGGGCGAGCUGCUACUCUGGAGAAGCCCAUAUUGUCUCUUCAUCCACCUUGGACUACAAUCUUCAAGGGGGAGCGGGUGACUCUGCGAUGUGAUGGAUACCACCCUCUGCUGCUAGAGCUCCGGCCCAUUAGGACUCUCUGGUAUUUGGGCCAUGUUCUCCUGCCUUCCCACAAGAAGAGCAUUGAGGUGCACACACCGGGGGUGUAUCGAUGUCAAACACGUGGAGCACCCGUCAGUGACCCCAUCCACCUCUCUGUGUCUAACGACUGGCUAAUUCUACAAGUGCCAUACGUUGCGGUGUUCGAGGGGGAGCCCCUGGUGAUGCGCUGCCGCGGCUGGUAUGACAAAGUCGUCUACAAGCUUCACUACUACCACGAUGGCCAGGCCGUGAGAUACUUCCAUUCUAGUACCAACUACACGGUGUUACAGGCGCGAGCUAGUGACAGCGGUCACUACCAGUGCUCUGGCACCAUGCGCAUCCCGGUGGAGAGUGCGCCCAUGUUCUCCUCCAAGGUGGCUGUCACCGUGCAAGAGCUGUUCCAGACACCGGUGCUCAGGACCCUGAGCCCGCAGGAGGCCCGCGGUCGCGUGGUGCUGCGCUGCGAGACGCGCCUGCACCCGCAGAAGCGGGACACGCCGCUGCAGUUCGCCUUCUACAAGUACAGCCGGCCCGUCCGCCGCUUCGACUGGGUCGCCGAGUAUACGGUCCCCGAGACCGAGACCGAGGAACUCGAAUCGUACUGGUGCGAGGCCGCCACCACUACUCGUAGUGUCCGGAAACGCAGUCCCUGGCUGCAGCUCCCCGGGCGGGGCUCUGCCCUGGAUCUGGCGUCCACCACCGCCCCCGCCGCACAAGCUGCAGCCUUGGCGCCCGGGGACAAGCCGCUUUCCUUCCGGAAGACCCCGGUGUCCAGAUCCGUUUCGUCAGUCACUUCCGUCCCCAACAGCACCUUUGCGGGGCUGCAGUUCCCCGCGGGCCACGUCCCCACUGCCGGGCCUCACGUCUGCGCGCCUCUGCCCACGUCCGUGGAACAGUCGCGCGAAGCUCUGCAGCCCAAGGUGGACCUCCUGCUUCGGGAGAUGCGGCUACUCAAAGGGCUUCUGAGCCGCGUGGUCCUGGGAUUAAAGGACCCACAGGCCCUCCGCGAGCUUACAGAGACCCCCGAGACACCCAGUUCUCACGUUUCUGUGAGCCCGGGAACCCCAGAGACCACUGUCGUGGAGGGCGGAGUGGACGGCUAGAGUCUGCUCUCCAGGAUGGUUCAUUCUGGAUCUUCCCUUCUUCAGCUCCUUUGCAAAUCAGAGACCCGUCUGUUAGUGUCCCCUUGCGCUGCUGUGGUUUUUAAAGAAACGCCCCUGAAGUGCGGUGCUGUGGAUUUCCACCUUACUAGACAGCUUGUAGCCGAUUGUAGGCGAUUUCGACCUUGCACGGUAGUUUGUAAACACAAACACCCUCUCUGGUGUGUUCUUCCUUCCAUAAUUCAGUAGAGGAGACAGCUGUUGUUUAUCAUGGGGCAGUUCACCCUCGAAAGGUGAAUUUAGACGUCAUAGAAAUUAAGUACACAUUCCAGCAUAGGUUGAGUGUUUUGUGUGUAACUGAAUCCAUUGAGGUUAAUGAGCACUUCAGAGCAUUUUUAGGGUCAAGUUGUAAUUAUUCAUACUGAAUUUACUCUGAUAUUAAAAUGACUUUCAAAAUCCUAUUAA